UCGAACUUUUUAAUAUUUUCAUAUCAAGAAAACUGCUGUAUCAGACUUGGUCUUUACUUGAAAACUAUUAUGUUUCAAAGUUCCAACAAGAUGAAACACUCUUACCUGCAUUUCAACUGGAUUUUGAUAAUAUUCUUUCACGGAAUCCUUCUUUUGAAAUCUGCAAGAAUUCAUGCUUUUGCUGACGAGUCUGAUCGCCUGGCAUUGCUUGACUUCAAGAAACGGAUUAGUGAAGACCCACUUCAAAUCAUGAGCUCAUGGAAUGACUCCACCCAUUUCUGCAACUGGUUUGGUGUUACAUGCAACCCCUCCAGUAAAAGAGUCGUGGUUCUAAACUUGGAUUCUCAAAGAUUGGCUGGCUAUAUAACACCUUCUAUGGGAAAUCUUACUUACCUUACUGGAAUCAACUUGGGAAAUAACAGCAUCUAUGGUGAAAUUCCUCAAGAAAUUGGAAGACUACGGCGUUUGCAGCUUCUCAACUUGAGUUACAAUUCGCUUGGUGGGAAACUUCCAACUAAUUUAAGUCACUGUACACAACUUAGAGAGCUUCAUGUAGGUACCAACAAACUUGUUGGGCAGAUUCCAAAGCAGUUUAGUUCAUUGUCAAAGUUGGUUCACCUGAAUCUUGGUGUGAAUAACUUUACAGGAACUAUCCCAACGUGGAUAGGGAACAUUUCUUCUUUGUAUAGUCUUUUCCUUCUCCUGAACAAGCUACAAGGGAGCAUACCUAGUGAGCUAGGCCGUCUAAAAGGCUUGAAAAUUUUUCAACUUUCUGUGAAUAAUUUGUCUGGUACGAUCCCUCCUCUGAUUUAUAAUAUAUCUUCCAUUUCCUUUUUCUCUGUUACUGAAAACCAGUUGCAUGGAAGUCUUCCACCAGAUGUUGGCCUUACUCUUCCUAACCUUAAAUUUUUUUUCGGAGGUGGUAAUAGUUUCACAGGACCAAUCCCCCUGUCAUUGCCAAAUGCUUCUAGACUUAGCGUGCUCGAGUUUGCUGGAAAUGGUCUUACUGGGACGGUGCCUCAAAAUCUAGCAAGAUUGCGUGGCUUGGUUAAACUUAAUUUGGAACAAAAUAGACUUGGAAAUGGGAAACUUGGUGACCUGAGUUUUAUCGGUUUUUUAGCUAACUGUACUAGUUUGGAGGCCUUGGGUCUUGAUCGUAAUCAAUUUGGUGGAGUACUGCCCAGCUCCGUAGCCAACCUUUCCUCUCAGUUGAAUUAUCUUGUUAUGGGUGGAAAUAUGAUACAUGGAGGCAUCCCCAUUGGGAUUGGGAACCUUGUUAACUUGCUCGAACUGGGAUUUGAAUAUAACUAUUUGGGAGGUCCUCUCCCAGAUUCUCUUGGGAAGCUCCAGCAAUUACAGGUACUAACUUUGGAGUAUAACAAAUUUUCAGGGCCUAUCCCUUUCUCUUCAGGUAACUUAACUAAAUUGGCAACGCUCUUUAUCGAUGAGAACAAAUUUGAGGGAAGUAUACCCCCAAGCCUAGGAAACUGCCAAAAUUUGAUUUAUCUAAACCUCUCUAGUAACAAUCUCAAUGGUAGCAUACCAAAAGAGGUUAUUGGUCUAUCUUCCCUUUCGAUUUCAUUGGACAUGUCUCGUAAUUCUUUGACAGGCACACUGCCAUUUGAAGUGGGUAACUCAGAAAACCUUGAGGAGUUAGAUGUCUCGAAUAAUCGAUUGUCAGGUGAAAUCCCUACUUCCCUUGGUAGUUGUACUAGUUUGGUGAGUUUGCAUUUGGAGGGUAAUUCAUUUGAAGGAGCAAUUCCUCCGUCGUUGGAGACACUAAGAGGUUUAGAAGAAAUUGAUCUUUCUCGCAAUAACUUGUCAGGGCAGAUUCCUGAAUUUCUCAGCAAGUUUUUGUCACUUAAGCAUCUUAAUCUCUCUCAUAAUGAUUUCGAGGGGAAAGUGCCAAGUGAAGGGAUUUUUUUGAACGUAAGUGCAAUUUCAAUCUUUGAAAAUGACAAGUUAUGUGGUGGCAUCCCAGAAUUGCUUUUACCAAAAUGCUAUAGAAAGAGUUCACGUUUAUCCAUAAAACGCCAUGCACUUAAAGUUGCAAUUCCUAUCAUGUUGGUACUUGUUCUAUUGUGUUUUUUCCUCACAUUUUAUAUGGUUAAAAAAUUGAGAAAGAGACCUUUGGUCGCAUCUUCCUUAAAGGAUUGGCGAUUGGCAUGUAUAUCUUAUGCAGAACUCCAAGCAUCAACUAAUUACUUCUCUGUGAACAAUUUGAUCGGUUCGGGUAGUUUUGGUUCUGUAUACAAAGGAGUUCUUUCUAGCAAUGGAGCAAUUGUUGCAGUUAAAGUAUUAAACCUUCAACUACAAGGAGCUUCCAAGAGUUUCAUUGGUGAAUGCAAUGCUUUGAGAAGUUUACGCCAUCGUAAUCUCCUCAAGAUUAUCACUGCUUGUUCAAGCAUUGAUCAUCAAGGGAACGACUUUAAGAGUUUAGUUUUUGAGUUCAUGUCUAAUGGAAGCCUAGACCAGUGGUUGUAUCCUAAAGAGGAUGAGCAACAUCAGUACAAGAGAUUGAGCUUUAUUCAGAGAUUAAACAUAGCCAUGGAUGUUGCUUAUGCAUUGGAAUAUCUUCAUCACCAUUGCGAAACGCCGAUUGUUCACUGUGAUGUAAAGCCAAGCAACGUCCUCCUCAAUGAAGAUAUGGUAGCACAUGUUGGCGACUUUGGAUUAGCGAAGUUCGUCUUUGAAGCAUCGUAUAAUCCCUCCAAAAAUGAAACCUUGUCAGAGUCCUUGUCAAUUGCGCUGAAAGGUUCCAUUGGGUACAUUCCUCCAGAAUAUGGGAUGGGUGGCCAAGUUUCCAUGCUUGGAGAUAUUUACAGCUAUGGGGUACUCUUGUUGGAGAUGUUCAUCGGAAAAAGACCUACCGAUGACAUGUUCAAAGAUGAUCUUAGCAUUCACAAGUUCGUUGCAAUGGCUUUGCCGGAACAUGUCAUGGAUAUAGUGGACUCGUCAAUGCCCUUUGAAGAAGGUGAAGAAGAUGCUGAUGAUGAGACAAAUAACGAUGACAUAGAAGAAGACGCAAUAAUUGAAGAAGUUGAUCGUCAUUUCAAUGGCAGAAAUAGAGUGAAGGAUUGCUUGGUCUCAGUGUUGCAGAUUGGAUUGUUGUGCUCUGCAACAUCACCUCAGGAGCGGUUGCCUGCAAAUGAUGUCGUCAACAAAUUGAGGGCAAUUAGGGACGCAUACAUUUUGAAAUUGUCCUGAAUACAUCACCGUGAACAAACUUAACGUCCAUAAGAGAACUUCCACCCAAAUGCUUGGUCAAGUUGAAGUUUAAUUCCUAAGCUUGGUGAGACUGAUCCGUACGUAGUUGUGUUGUGUUUUCUUGCCUCCUGUUUUGUUUUCUGUCAAUGCUGCAUCAAAGUGGUGUAAAUAAUCAUAAAAUGCUACUUAAUUAGUCACAUGUUU